AAUUUACCAAAACACCCUUCUGCCUUCGCAGACCAGGUUUUAGGGGUUUCUCUAGGGUUUACCUUCUCCACGACGAUUUCUCCAAUCUGACAAUCUCCGAUCACAAAAAUUCAGAAACCCUUUCCGCUUUAAUUGAUGCGAAUUCAGCUUCCAUCUCCGCCGCAUCAACCACAGAGUAAUCUCACAGAGAGAAAGAGAUUUGAAUAUGGAAGCUCGAGUCGGUGUAGUGGUGGAAGGAGGACAGAGAGCUCUUAAUACAGCCACCACCACCGCCGUUCAUAACACCGUCGUAGACGCCGGAAACAGGAAACUUUUACAGCAACAACCACAGACGCAACAGACACAAAGCUGUCAUCAACAUCACCAAAGUAAUAAACAGUCGUUGAAUCAGCAGCAAGGCCAUUUCGGCACCGUUGAGCGUCUUCUCGCCGGUGGAAUCGCCGGCGCAUUUAGUAAGACAUGCACCGCUCCUCUUGCUCGUCUUACAAUCUUGUUUCAGAUACAAGGUAUGCAGUCGGAAGCUGCAAUCUUGAGCAGUCCAAACAUUUGGCAUGAAGCUUCGCGUAUUGUUAAGGAGGAAGGUUUUAGAGCAUUUUGGAAAGGAAACUUGGUUACUGUAGCUCAUCGGCUUCCUUAUGGUGCAGUUAACUUCUAUGCAUAUGAAGAAUACAAGACUUUCUUGCACUCGAAUCCAGUCUUGCAGAGUUAUAAAGGAAAUGCGGGUGUGGACAUUUCUGUGCACUUUGUAAGUGGUGGCUUGGCUGGACUAACAGCUGCUUCAGCUACCUACCCUCUCGAUCUUGUAAGGACACGGCUUUCUGCACAGAGAAAUUCAAUCUAUUAUCAGGGUGUUGGGCAUGCCUUCCGUACCAUUUGCAGAGAAGAGGGAAUUUUGGGUCUAUAUAAAGGACUUGGUGCGACAUUGUUGGGUGUCGGUCCAAGUCUUGCAAUCAGCUUCGCAGCGUAUGAGACUUUUAAAACAUUUUGGCUCUCUCAUAGGCCUAAUGAUUCAAAUGCCGUGGUUAGUCUUGGUUGUGGCAGUCUCUCCGGAAUUGUUUCCUCUACAGGUUUUUGAUCUGAUCUGACCCUUCUCUCUAGUUACCAUAGAUAAUUUAGCCCAAAGAAAAUUACACGAAAGUUUGUUAUAUUAUACUGAUAACUUUUGUAGCGACAUUCCCAUUGGACCUGGUGAGAAGAAGAAUGCAGUUGGAAGGAGCUGGUGGGCGAGCGAGAGUGUAUACCACAGGACUCUUUGGAACAUUCAAACACAUAUUUAAGACAGAAGGCAUGAGAGGGCUAUACAGAGGAAUCAUACCAGAAUACUACAAAGUGGUUCCUGGUGUUGGCAUCGCCUUCAUGACAUUCGAGGAAUUGAAGAAGCUCUUAUCAACUGUCCCUAAUUAAUAACGUCUUAUAUACUUUAGUGUAAGCUACUUUCUGCUUAAGAAACAGACAAUCAUUUUGUCCUUUGUUUGGUAGUAGUUUUUUUGGGUCUGUCAGUGUAUAGUAGUAGUCUAGUAGUUGCAGUUUUUAGGAGUUAAGAUUUACAAUUUGUUGCUCCUCCAUUAGCAUCUUUCAAGAUAACAAUUUUGCCUUGUGCAAGAGCUCUUCCAUUGAUCCAAGCUUUAUGGUCUUUGUAUCUCUUUCCUUAUGGAUUCCUAAUUCUUAAUAUAUGUAGCUGCAGAAAGUUUUGGUUUUCGUUCUGUCC